AUGCUUGUCUGGCAUUUCCAAGGCACGAGGUUUCACUUUCAGUCAUCGGAGCCGGACUGCAUCCCGUCGCUGCCGCCAGGAAUCGUGCACGAAGGACUCCAGUCGCUUAAACCUGAAUUCUUUUCUUUUCCUCUGUCAGAGAAGACAGACGGUCGUCUUCAGCAUGUUCUGCCUACAGUCAUCUGUAUGCCUACAGCUGUCAUUCCUGAUACUGACAGAGUGUUACUGGAAUUAAGACUUAUUCUAUGCAUCUGCUCUCCCACAAUAUGGCGCUAUGGGGUGAGUUCACUGGUGGAGAGGACCAUUGCAAGACUUCGCCUGAAGAAACUGUUCAGUGGCGUCUUUGUCCAGAUCACCCCCCAAAACCUAAAACUGCUGCGGAUAGUGGAACCUUACGUGACCUGGGGAUUUCCAAAUCUGAAGUCUGUCCGGGAACUCAUCCUGAAACGUGGGCAAGCAAGGGUCAACGAUAAGAGCAUCCCUCUGACAGACAACACCGUGAUUGAGGAGCACCUGGGGAGAUUUGGUGUCAUCUGCUUGGAAGACCUCAUUCAUGAAAUUGCCUUCCCGGGGAAGUAUUUCCAGAAUAUUGCGAGGUUCCUGCGCCCUUUCCAGCUGUCAGUGGCCCGUCAUGCUAGCAAGAACAGAGUGGGCUUCCUCAAGGAGAUGGGCUCACCUGGCUAUCGGGGUGAACGCAUCAAUCAGCUCAUCCGCCAGCUGAACUAGACCCAGGAUAUCUGGAAAGAUGUUUUUUUGGAAUUAUUAUCAAGUAUCUUCAGAGAAGAUUUUCUUCCUUAUCCCCGGAAAUUGGAAAGGACAGAUCAAGGGAAAGAUAGUUGUGAUCAUGGCAGGCACCUC